AUGCCUACUGGUGAAAUAUUCCAGAUGCUAAGAAACAAUUGUUCGAUCUACGAUCCGUGCAGUUCAUAUGGCUACUGUUAUGAUGAUGACGAAGGUCAAUGGGCUUGUGAAUGCAAGUUUUGGUGGGAAGGAGCUCUAUGUGAUCAACAAUCAAGCAGUGGCACACAAGUGAUUGCUCUGGGCGUCAUAUUAGGAUUCAUGAUGAUCGUUAUAUUUGGUAUUCGUUUGAAUCGCUACUUGAAAAAGAGGCGUAAAACUGUGACAUCAAAAACUCAAUUCAAAUGCAAAGACAUUAAAAUAAAUCAAACUUCUUCGAAAGAAUUAUCGAAAACACGUUAUCCUUCUCAUAAACUCUCUCGUUUUCUGAUGGGCCUAAGUACUGUUUUACUUUGUUUUUUAACUUUGUCAAUCAAGUGGAUUCUGCUUAAACCAAUUCACAUUAGCAUGACUGAGAAACUACAUCAGCGCCUACCUCUCUUCUUUCAACAACAUGCCCUCUGUCCAAUCAUUGAGUUACGCAAAGAAUUCAAUAUUAUAACGUUUCCAAUAGCCUGUCUCUUGAUAUUUAUGUUUGCUAUGAUGCAGAAACGGAAUCAAUCAAAAACGAAACGUUGGUUUCAAGUUUAUGGAGCUUUGCCCAUACCCGUGGAUUUUUUUGCUCAUGUCAAGCGAACAUUUUCCGCAGUUAUCUUUGCUAUUUAUGCUGACGAAUUAUUACAUAUUGCAAAUGAAUUGAUCAGCGAUGACGAUACACCAUCAGAUCAAGGAGUCAUUUUGGUUUAUGUGCUACAAAUUACUAGAGUUCUCAUCAUUGGCCUUCGACGUUAUCCUAUUCUUGCUGCUGUCUAUUUGAAUACAGUAUUCACUUUAUUGUGUGCAACUCUAUAUGCUUGGUUUGAUUUUGCCAUCGCUAUAUUUCACAGUAGUUUAUGUCAGAGUGAUUUUUAUCCAACUGACAAAAACUUCAAUAAUACUGAAGGACAACAAUUGAUUACGAAAUUUAAUUACUAUGGCACUGGUAUGAAGCUGCUCUAUUUCCAGUUGGGUACAGAUGUUCCUCAAUAUUUAUGUCUGGCUUAUAUUAGUAUCAAAUUACCAGUAUUGUUAUACAGACGUAUUCGACGACCGAAGGAAACCAUCGAUGGAUUGACGCGUGAACAAGAAAUUUUGUUGUAUUCUUCAUUACCUCAUUCGACAGAGACUCAGUAUGUGAGAAAUUUGUUUGGAAUAAUAGUGAUUGGCCCUUCCAAUCAUCGAUACGCAUGGAUUUCUCGAUACAUUUACCGUUGGCGAGAUGACUUUCGAUUUUCAUCACGUGUCCUCUCGGUUUAUGCAUCUGUUUUUCUUCUUCUCUUUUUCAUCACAGUUCAGAUGAUUCUUCAUGGUUUGCCAUUAUUGCAUGAACUGCAACAAAGUUUACAAGCAUGGAUCGAUUUCAUUAUCAGUGCGAUCAAGCCACCGCGAGAAAACUCGGCGCAAAAGACAAAAUCAGAAUUUCAACUUCCCGAUCUUAUUCAAGUCUAUCUGAUAGCGAUCACCAUUACUUUGACGAUUAUUAUCAAUCAGUUGUUCGUUAUGCUUGUUGCUAUUCGUCGAAAUCUUCUACAAGCUUUUCGUGGAGACGAUUGUGAAAUUCCACAACGAACGCCAUCAGACAGCAUAGAGCAAACUGGUAGUAGUGUUCAUUUUGCUGGCUACUUUAUCGGAUAUCUUCUAUGGGGCUACAUGCUCGUCGGAGUUCUAGCAAUGAUCAUCGCACUGAUUGGUUGCUCAUUUAUUCGUUUCGGUAGUGUUCGUUUCGUUGAAUAUAUUCUUAAAAGUGCCAUUCCAAUUUUGUUAAUUAUCGGCUUUAAAGGUUAUUUGAACGAUCUUCUAUCUCAAUAUGUCUUUCUACACCAAGAUGGCAAUACUUUGUCGUUGAAAAAUCGUCGUCUAUUUAUGGUGUUUGUUUAUUUUAACUUCUUCCUGGAUGCUUUUCUUGGUUUAAUUUCUUCAAUAACCCGUAUUGGACGAAGUAUCAUUGGUGGCAUUCUUUACAUGUGCCGUUUGGAUUAUGCAACGACAGGAAGAAAGUUAGAAACAAUGGACGAAGGUUUCAGUGCCUAUUGUGGUUUCAUUCAUAUGGAGUGUGCUCAUCGGCAUCCAGUGAUGCUAUUUUUUGCCAGUCAUCUUCUGCGACAAUAUCUCGGAUCAUCUAAAAACGUAUCUCGAGCACGCCAUAAAUGGCAUUUAGUGGCGUUUUUAUUAACUAAUCCAAUGUUAAUCUACCGACGAAAAGGAUAUCUUGCACGAUCUCAUAUAGCUGAAAAGCACUUAAUGUUAAUGGACCUGAAAAGAUCUCAGACGGACUGCAUUGAACAACCAACCCACAAAAUCAAUCAUCAUGUUAAUAUCAUCUCACAAGUUGAUAUGAACGAUUUUAUGCAACAGCAACAACAUUUUUAA